AUGACAACAAUGCCAGCAAAGGAAAAGAACAAACCAUCGACCUUUAUUGACAAAGUCUCUUUGGACAAAAUCAACAAAAUUGGAGACAAAGUUGAAAAUCUUGACAAAAUUAUGAGAACUGUCAAAUAUGUUGUGUCAGAGAAAAUGAAGAACACGAGAGAAGAUUUUCGCAGAGAUACAGUUGAAGAGAUUCAACGGAACGUAUCAUAUAUUACUGUGCUAAUAAUCUCUGCAAGUCUGGUAACGUUGGCAAUGCUUGACAUUUGGACGGUACUACCGAUGGAAGUUGCCCAAACGGAAACAAAUAUUAGGAUGCAAAAAGUGAAAUCGGGAUUAAGUGAUUUGCGGCAAAAUCUGGAAAAUGCCGUCAAAGAAAUGGAAUCUACAACAGAAAGAAAGGAAAACAAAUUCAUGGAUGAUAUUCUUCAACUGAAUACAAGCAUUGCAUUACUGAAGAGUCAACUAGAGGCGAAAAUAUUUACAAUUCAGCAAAAUGUCAACACUAUCGAUUCCAAACUAGCUGAUGCUAUAGAAACCGCCCGAGUAAUAAAAGAGAAGCAAAGAGCUCAAGCAUCAGAAGUUGGAUGGUAUAUUGCAGCAAACAAUAAGAUGUACAAGCUCCUGUACACUCAAGUACAAUAUCAAGACGCGGUAAAGAAAUGUGAGAGCUUGGGUGCCAUAACCGCAUCUGCGGGAUUGAGAGAUGCAGGAAUACGAAAUGAAAUAAGAUUGAAAUUAUUACAAGGAAGCAACAGUCACGUGUGGGCAGGUUUGACAGACAUUGCAAAGGAAGGCCACUGGGUAUGGGCCGAUGGAACGCCAUCAACUCGUUCUAAUACCAACUGGAUAGGCAGGGAACCAAACAACGAUAAUGGUGUGGAGGAUUGUGCGCUGAUGGAUAGAGCGUGGGGGUGGCAAAUUAAUGACGUUCCAUGUUACCAUCGAUGGUACGUGCUUUGCGAGAAAGCGAGGAUAUAA